UUAAACCCCUCCAAUCCUCCAACACAUCUGCGGCCUUCAUCAUCAAUCCUCAAUUAACUCCCCAUCUACCAUACUGUCAUCUACCAGCUUCAUUAAUCACCCCCAAUUAAACCGUUACCACUGCAACUCGUCGUCCAGCCCCUGCCAAUCCUCCAACCCAUCUGCCCCCUUAUAUAUCUAACAGUUAGAGACAUCAGCUGAAGAAGCAGAUUCAAGCAGUUUGGUAGGAUCGAUAUUCAGUAAUGUUGAUGCUUUAGCUGACCUGCUUGAAGAAGAGAAGAGAGCGUUUUCACACAUUCACAUCAUUCAUGGAUCUAUUUGGAAAUCUCAAGGUUGGCAUGUCAUGGAUUUAACAUUAUAUGUGGUAAUGAAAAUAUUCCCACUAACACGACGUUUUUAUAAGCUUUAAUAUGAAUGGAGUUACAUCUUUGUCAUCAUGUCUUCGAGUUCGAGCUCUGCAGGAUGAAGCAGCACCCAUGAUAAUCAAAAAAGACAACAUUCAAGUGGCAAGAAUCGAAGCACAGUUAGCUAAAGCACGAGGUGAAAUCCGUAAAUCGAUUGUUCAAAGAAGUUUCGCAUCGAAUGGAAGUUCGGGAACCAUGUACAGGAAUCCCUUCUCCUUUUAUCAGAGUCAUUCUGAAAUGAUGAAGACGUUCAAGGUAUGGACUUAUAAAGAAGGAGAUAUCCCAUUAAUGCAUAAUGGUCCGAUGAAAAGUAUAUACAGUUCCGAGGGUUUGUUCAUUGAAGAGAUUGAGAGAAAAGGAAACCCUGUGGUCGCUAACCACCCUGAUGAAGCGCACGCCUUCUUUAUUCCGAUAAGCAUAUGCAAUAUUGUUCGUUACCUCUUCAAUAGCUCAGAUCAUCCAUACAAUUUUUUAGAAAAAAUACAACAUAUAGUCGAAGACUAUAUCGGUGUCAUUGCAGAAAGGUAUCCUUAUUGGAACCGUACCAAUGGAGCUGAUCAUUUCUAUGUUUCUUGUCAUGAUUGGGGACCAUUUGCUUCACGGGGAAACCCUAAACUCUUCAAGAAUCUCAUAAGAGUGCUUUGUAAUGCCAACUCCUCAGAAGGUUUUGUCCCGAUGCGCGAUGUAUCAAUGACGGAGAUUAACGGGCCAUUCAAUAGCAUCCCAGGUGUAAGCAGUGGCCAAUCACCUAACAAUCGUUCAAUCUUGGCGUUCUUCGCAGGCGGAAACCACGGUUAUGUACGCAACAAGCUGUUCAAAUAUUGGGGAAACAAAGAAGAUAAUGAUAUUCAAGUCCACACUUACCUUCAAGAAGGUCAAAACUACACCAAGUAAUUACUGAGUCAAAGUAAGUAUUGCUUAUGUCCUAGUGGCUAUGAAGUUGCAAGUGCUAGGGCAACCGAAGCGAUCUACGUAGGGUGCAUCCCCGUCAUAAUCAAGGAUCAUUACGUUCUACCGUAUAGUGAUGUGUUAGAUUGGAGUCAGUUCUCUGUGGAAGUGCCCCUAGAUAAGAUUCCAGAUUUGAAAAGAAUUUUGGAAGAUAUAUCUUUCACCAAGUAUUUGGAAAUGCAAAAAAGACUAAUGGAAGUACAAAGACACUUCGUGGUUAACCUUCCAUCUAAACCAUUUGAUGUCUUUCAUAUGAUUCUACAUUCUGUGUGGUUAAGAAGACUUAAUGUUCGGUUUCUAAGUUCAUGAUUAAUUAAUAUAUUGCUGCAUUUAGCCAUUAGUCAAUUGAA